AUGGCCUGUCAGAGACAUGAAAAACUACACAGGCUGAGGGACGAGCUGAGCUGCAUGCUGGUUGGUGAUGGAGCUGUGGGGAAGACGAGCAUGAUCAUCAGUUACAUCUUUAAUGGAUACAACAAUGAGUACAGACAGACGGCUUUUGAUGUUUUUACUGGUUUGGUUCAUGUGAAUGGAAUUCCAAUUCGUAUCAAACUGAUAGACACAGCUGGACAGGAGGAGUUUGGCCACCUUCGCUCCUUGUGCUAUGCCCACGUGGACGUCUUCAUCCUCUGCUUCAGCCUGGUUAACCCCGUCUCCUUUGAAAACAUCACCUCCAAGUGGAUCCCACAGAUCCGGGCCGGGAACCCGACCUCUCCCAUCGUUUUGGUUGGAACUCAGUCAGACCUUCGGUACAACGUGGACGUCCUCAUUCAUCUGAACCAGCGGGGCAGCAAACCGGUGCACUUCAGCCGGGCCAGAAAGCUGGCACACAAGAUCAGAGCUUAUGACUGUGUGGAGUGUUCGGCUCUGACGCAGCACAACCUCAAAGAUGUGUUUGACUGUGCAAUAUCUGCUGCUGUCAAGCACAAGCACACAGGAAGAAACACUAAAAAACUCAGCCUGCUCAAACGUUUAAAGAUGAAAAUCUUCACAUUCAUCUGAUGUGGAAUCAGAGUCGGCUUCUUGGACACUGAGUGCUCUGUUUCUUGUGACAAAUCAUGCAUUUUCAACCAAACUGUGCACUAAAACAACAUAAUAUCAAACCACUCUCAUCCUGCAUUGACAUGCAUUGAAACGUG